CCAACAGUUUGGAUCUCCCUACCUCCCAGAGGACUGUUUAUACCUGGAUCCCCUCGAGCUUUAGAACGAGAAACUAGAGUGGGAAGAGAGAGCCCCAGAGUUAUAGGGGAAGGAGGAGUUUCAGUUUAUUAUUUGUCCUGCCUCCAGAAAGGAUCAGAGUUAACCCCAGACGUCUGCACUGACAGUACGGGCCCAGGAGAAAAGGAUUUACCGGUGAGUGAAUCUGGAGUGCACAGGCCACAUGUUGCUGGUAUACAUGGAAGAAGCAAUGAUGGCUCAUAUUCCUUAGUGCUGGCUGGAGGCUAUGAAGAUGAUGUGGAUAAUGGAAAUGAGUUUACUUAUACUGGCAGCGGUGGUCGGGACCUGUCUGGAAACAAGAGAACAGCAGAGCAGUCUUGUGACCAGAAACUCACAAAUAUGAACAGGGCUCUUGCUCUAAACUGCAGCGCACCAUUAAAUGACAAAGAUGGAGCUGUUGCUAAGGAAUGGCGAGCAGGCAAACCAGUUCGCGUGGUGCGCAAUUCAAAGGGUAGAAAACACAGUAAAUAUUCUCCAGAGGAUGGUAAUCGUUAUGACGGGAUCUAUAAGGUAGUAAAAUACUGGCCAGAAAACGGUAAAUCUGGAUUCUUAGUAUGGAGGUAUCUCUUAAGGAGAGAUGAUGCUGAACCUGCACCCUGGUCAAAGGAAGGCAAAGAAAGAAUUAAAAAACUAGCUCUAACCAUGCAGUAUCCUGAUGGUUACUUGGAAUCGCUUGCUAGCAAAGAGCGAGAAAAAGAAAACAAGACAGAAAAUGAGCUGAUUGAGUCGCCUAGCAAAGGAAAAAGGAAGAGAAACUCUGGCAAUGAGCUAUCUGCUGCCAAAAGCACUCCAAAGAAAAUGAAAGUUGAGUCCUACAAACUAACCCUGGAGCAGAAAUCGAUUAUUAAAGAAGAUGGUCUAAAUGCUAAAUUAUGGAGUGAAGUGAUGUUGUUUCUUAAAGAAGGCCCUAAGUUCUUGAGCAAGGUGGAAGAAACUUUUCUCUGUAUCUGCUGUCAAGAAGUGGUGUAUGAACCAAUCACAACUGAAUGCCAUCAUAACAUCUGCAAGGGGUGCCUGGACCGUUCUUUUAAAGCAUUGGUACAUAGCUGCCCUGCUUGCCGGCAUGAUCUGGGAAAAAACUACCCACUGAAUGUGAACGAACCAUUGCAAACCAUCCUCGGCCAGUUGUUUCCAGGCUAUGAGAGAGGCCGGUGAUUAUUACAGAUGAUCUGGAAAUGCAUGCUCAACUUUUUGGACUUUUGGUUAAGACAAAUUUGACAUAGUUUAGAAUGAAGUUCUUUCAAAAUGGCUCUGCUAGGGGUCAAAUGAUUUCCUAUCCUUGCUAUAUUUUAAAUUUGUAUUUAUGUAUGUCUUUGAAACCAUGGAAGGUCAAUAACAGCUUUUCAAUUUAACAAUAUUAUGCCAUAUAUUCAAGCCUGUUGCUAGUAGCAUAUUUAUUAACAUUGGUGACAAACAUUACUAGUGAUGAAACAAUCAGAUUUUUGUUUACGAACUUGUAGGUGACCAAAUCUAAUUGGUGAUUGGUUGCUAUGGGCAACAUAACUGUUUGUUUCCAGUGUUAAUAUACAAGUCUUAGGCUGGGCUGAGCAAGUACACAAUCAGUAUAUGGCAAGCAUUAUCCCUGCAAAUGUUUGUUCUACCUCGUAACUUAAUGGCUUUUGUAUGGCCCUAAAUCUGACCCUAAAAUCCUUUCUUGCAGAAUGAGGCAAAAUAAUAUUUUAUGCCCUAAUUAAAGGGGCAUUUAGCCCAAAUCUUGUAUCACUAAAAUGUUUGUUUUCCUUAAAGGUUUCAAUGUUAAUUUUUAUAUAAGCAGUCGGUAAUCUGCUGCAUUUCUUUAAAAUGAUGAUUUUGCUUUUUCUGAGGCCUAAACUUUAUAACAGCGUAGGCUCUUCAGAGAACUGAAACCAUCAGGAGUUCUUGUUGAACCAGCUAGGGCAUCUGCUGUUGGGUGGUUUUGUUAAGCUUUUAGAAACAAAUUCUUAACAUGGUUACUUAUUAAAGUUUUCUCAUUUGCAGCUUUAACAUCAUUCUGGGAAUGUGUUUCUGUGAACAAUGUAACUUGAAUUUUUGUGUCAAAUUUUAUGAAUUUGUAUUUCGUAACCCACCAACUAAAUAAAAAAUGUUUUCGAA